AUGAUUCUUGAUCAGAUCUCCUAUCUAGAUUGCCUUGUUUUCCUCUUCUUCCUUACGCCACAGUUGCUCCUGCGUGUCAGCGUCUUUGAACUUCUCGUCUGCGUAGUCCAAGCAUUACCAUUCUUCCUUAUUCAGCUGCCAUAUGAAUUCAUCGAAGAAAGAUAUUUUACUCCAAAAAGGAGCAGAUCACCCUUCGUCAAGCAAGCUUCACCGUUUCAAGAUAUUGUAAUUCGCAUUGUACGAUAUGCUUUCGCUCACUUUUCUACCAAGAUUGGCAGAGUCUUUUUCUCCAAGCCAGUCGCCCUACCAUUUCUUCGGUUUCGCAUGCUUAGACGAGGCUAUCUAAAAUCGCCCAUAACCUGGCUCGAGAUCGACCUCAAGGAUACUCAUGGUGUCUGGAUCAUCGUAGAUCCAUACGACAAGCCUGACAUUGUCAUCUAUCAUUGUCACGGUGGUGGAUUUUCUAUGGGAUCCUGCUACUUUUACCUCGAAUUCCUCAUAGCCUGGGUCAGUCUGCUCAAGGAGGCUGGCUUUCGGAACCCUGCCAUAUUCUCUCUCGAGUAUACCCUAGUACCCGAUGCCGUGUAUCCAGCUCAGCUCGAGCAGACCAUCACUGGCUACGAAUACGUUCGCAAGAUUGUCCGAGACCCUUCUCGCAUCUGUGUUGGUGGGGACUCCGCGGGUGCAACAUUGAUUUUGAGUCUGUUGCUACACAUCGCCAGACAACCGGAUUAUGAAAACCGGAGGCCAGGCUAUGCUGCUCUGAUCUCCCCAUGGACAACUCUAUUCAGCACGCAGAACCGGAACACCGCCAGUGAUUUCCUUGAUGCGAAUCGGCUCCAUAUGUAUGGACGCCAGUACGCGGGGUCAGAUGAGAACUUGGAUGAUCCAUUGGUAUCUCCAGGGGUCUGCAAUGAUUGUACAUGGUGGGCGAAAGCAUCGCCGUCCAACGGAUACUGUAUUCUAUACGGGUCUGAAGAGGUGUUCGGCCCAGGGCUACGUGAUCUUAUUGCUCUGUGGCGGAAGAGUGGAUGCGCCGUCAGUGUACGAGAGGAUGGAGCAGUUCAUGCAUGGCCCGUUGCUUCAAUGUUUCUCUGCGAUACGCAGGCUGAGAGGCAGAAGGGGCUAAGGGACAUUGUGAAGAUGAUCAAACAAGCCAUAAAGAUACAAUAG